GUUAUGUCCUGUAUCCAACUGCUCAAAAAUGGUCACAAUUGACUCCAUAAUGCUGCAUUUUCAUUUUGACCAUUCCAAAGUACCAAGAACGACCAUAGAUGACAUCACCCCUCAAGAAGUUUCCCUUAAAUGUUCGAACUUCUCAACAGACGUUCAAUGCGUAGCAACAUUUAUAAUAGAGACCCAAAGGCAGGGCCAGACUAACAAGAAGAGAACAGAGUCAGUACAGACUGGUCGCAGUUCUAUAAAAGACUCCAAGUUACUGCUUUUGAUGGCAGUGAGAAUGCCAACGAAUUAUAUAAAACUGCCGAAUGUGAAAUGUGAUGCAUCACGAAUCUUCACCAGGACCAUCCAUACACAGACUGAGAAAAUUUACGAAAGCGAUUUAGAAACUAAUACAGAUAGUUUUAGCAAGGACAGCAGUGACUACAAGUCAUGCAUUAACAAAUACAUACAUGAUGACGAUGAAGUUAUUCUUCUGUGGCUCUGUAAAUUAGAUGACGCAGAAAAGGUGUUUAGUGUAACACUUUUGGGUGAAGACAAGAGACGUGGCUAUUGUUACAUUGGCGAUGCUGUCCAUGUUAGGGACAAGCAAGAUCCUUCAUUACUCUACGACAGGUCUGAGUGCCUCAUAGUCAAGUCAUCUGCCGUCAGUGACCUCUACGAUGAACGCGGACGUAUUACCGCUAUUGUUAGCAUGAUAGGAUAAUUAUUUAAAAAAUAUAUUAUUAAA